AUGGAGCCACAGAAUCUCACAGCUGCCUUUGAAUUCCUCCUCUUGGGAGUCUCCAAUGAUCCGAAACUUCAGCCCCUCCUUUUUGGCCUGUUUUUGACCAUGUACCUGGCCACUAUAGUUGGGAAUGUAGCCAUUAUUUCAGCUGUUCGCUCUGAUUCCCACCUCCACACCCCCAUGUACUUCUUCCUGUCCAACCUGUCUUUGGCUGACAUUGGUUUUACCUCCUCCACGGUCCCCAAGAUGCUAGUGAAUAUCGAGACACAGAGAAAAUCCAUCACUUACACAGGCUGCUUGAUACAGGUGUUUUUUUAUGCCUUUUUUGGAUGUCUGGACAGUCUUUUCCUGACUGUGAUGGCUUAUGACAGGUUUGUAGCCAUCUGUAACCCCCUGCACUACACGGUCAUCAUGAACCCCCGCCUAUGUCAUUUGCUGGUUUUGAUUUUAUCUUUACUUAGCCUUUUGCAAUCUGCAUUGCAUGUUUUCAUGAUGUCACAGCUUACCUUCUGCAAUCGUGUGGAAAUCCCUCAGUUCUUCUGUGACCCUCCUCAAAUUCUUAAACUUGCCUGUUCUGACACCUUCAGCAGUGGCAUAUUACUGAAUUGUAUUGGUGCCAUCUAUGCUGGAAUUCCAGCUUUAGGGAUUCUUUUCACCUAUGUACGAAUCGUUUCCUCUAUUCUGAAAAUUCCAUCAGCAGGCAGGAAGUACAAAGCUUUUUCCACCUGUGGCUCUCACUUGUCAGUUGUUUGCUUAUUUUAUGGAACAGUUGUUGGAGUGUAUCUCAGUUCGACUGUGGUAUCUUCCUCCAGGAAACUUGCAGUGGCCACAGUGAUGUACACUGUGGUAACCCCCAUGCUGAACCCCUUCAUCUACAGCCUGAGGAACAAAGACAUCAAGACAGCCCUGAGGAAGCUCCUCAGGAGAAUGAACUGA